AUGAAAUUUGAGGGAAGAAAGAACGACUGUGAAGAAGAGUUCCUAUGGAUUUGCAUACGCGUGUUAGUGAUCGCCCCGGACACGGCGUGGGCCGAGCGGGCAGUCCCGGGCCUGCCGCCUCUCCUGGGCGGGGCUGUCUCCGUCAGAUGCCGUGUGCAGGGAGGACUCCGCUCCCUGCUCCAGAGCGUAUCGGAGACCCCCGGUGUCUCCUCCCAGGCCCAGUCUCGGCCUCAGGGCGGGCCCGGGCGCGCAGGGCCGGGGCCGGUGCCGCGGGGGCCGCUGGGAGCGCGGCCCGGGCCGCUCCCGGUAACGGCCGCCGCUGGCCCCGCCAUGAGCGGGAGCGGCCACCUCAGCCCGCCGCCUGCUGGGGGCCAGGAGCCCCUCAGCCCCUCCCGAGGCUCGCCGCUCUCCCUCGCGUCCCGCUCCAGCUCCCCGGGCUGGCAGGAGGAGGAGGAGGAGGAGGAGCGGGAGGCGGCCUCCCGGAGCCCGCCGGGCGAUAGGACAGCUGAACACUCUGAAAUUGCAAGGAGGAGAGAAGUGUCACCUUUGAAAGAUAACCUUUCACCAUGGGAAGAAUGGUUCAUUAGCAAAGAGAAGGAGCUGCGUGCCCGCUUACAAGCUAGAGCUGCAGAGGAAAUGAAUAAACAGCUUGAGAAAAUGAAGCAAAAUGAAGAAUAUGAAAGAAGAAAAAGGAUGGCUGAAGAGAAACACAAGGAAUGGGUCCAAAAGAAAAGAGAAGAGGAAAGAAGAGAAAGGAAACGAAAGCUGACCAAAGAAAUGGCAGAAAAAGCCACAAGGGAACUAGAAAAAUUGCAGUUACAAGAAAAGGCUGACAUAAAGUACAAAGAAUGGUUAAAGAAGAAGAUAGCUGAAGAUGCAGAAAAGAAGAAAAAAGAGAAAGAAAAACAAAAAGAACGAGAGGCUGAGCUACAAGAGAAGAAAACAAGAUCAGAGAAAAUCUUUAAGGAAUGGCUGCAAAAUGCUAGAAAUAAACCACAACCUGCUUUAAAUGGUUAUGGUUUCCCACAUGGGAAUUCUAAAGGGAGUGCUGAUAGAACUUUGUAUCCAGCUCCAGCAUAUUGUAACCCCAUUCCUUGGAAACCGGUACACGUGCCUCUCCCAAAGGAAGAGAGUGUUCUUACCACGAAGAAGAGUAAGAGACCUGUGUCUUGUCAACCACAUUCAUCUUUACCAACAGUGAUUUCCAAGCCCAAGAGUAGCCCUUGUAAUGGAUCCCUGUGCAGAAAGAAGUCAUAGUCCAGAAAAAAUGUUCUUACAAUCUUGAACAAACUGGGCCAUAAAUGUGAAGUUUUAUGUAGUUAUAUGUCCAAAGAAGAUUGCUUUGUGCCUUUCUUUUUUUAAUUUUUCCCAUUUUUGUGAGCAGGUUUUGUGUUGACUUCUAGUUGACCAAUCAGGCUUUUAAUGUUUUUUCUAUAUUGCAUUUUAUUAAAAAAAAAGGAAAAGAUAAAUUGUAAUUGUACUGUACAUCAAUAUUUAAUAUUACCUCAAUAUGAAUAAAUUCACAGGAUUGUUUCUUCCUUUCCUC